AUGGAUUCAAUUACAGAGAAUCAGAAAGAUCAUUGCUUGAUAAAAACCCAUUUUUUGAAACCUCUUGUGACCUCCAUUGAUGGUCCUGUAUCUGAGCUUCCACAUCGUCGUCAAAAACGCUUCUCUGUUUCGUCAUCAGACUUAGAGGUUCUGUGUUCGAAGAUUACUUCCACUGGAUUUCGUUUACCAAGUCGCGAUUUCACAUCAUGGGCUAAAAAAAUGGAAGCUUUACACGAACCCACUUGGAGAAAAGCUGGGAUCUUUGAAGCAAUAAAAGCUUCUACUUACAAUGCGUGGCGCCGUUCGAUUUCGGGUAAUGUUCUUCCCAUUGCUGUUCGUUUAGCAAGAGGUGAAAAGGUUGCUCUUGCUCCUGCUGUUUUAGCUACCUUGUAUAGAGAUUUAAGUCGAAUCCAUGGCUUAGCUAGAUGUAAGUCUAAUAAGAAAGUUAAACUCGAGUCUCUGUUGAAGUUAGUUCAAGUAUGGAUAUGGGAGAGAUUCAGAAACAUUAGUCCAGAAGCUAGAGAGAUACAAAUGGGAGAACCAAGAAUUGCUCGAUGGUGUAUUCGGGGAAAGAGAUGUGAGAAGAAUGAGAGAUUGAGUUUUGAUGAUUUCGAUUGGCGGCCUUACGCUAAAACUAUAAGGAAUUGGAGUCCUCCUAAGUUUUAUGUUGAGGAAGGUAAGUGGAUGACUGUUGAUGAGAGCCUUGAUGAUGAGUUUGUUUCGUUUGCUCGAUGUUUGAGAGUUUCUAAGCUUGUUGGGAUUGGUUUUGUUGAGGAUUACUAUCCGAAUCGAGUUGCGAUGCAAUUUGGUUUAUCUCAAGAUCUUCCUGGUUUGGUUACUCAUCAUAGUGACAACACAGAAAAGGAAGCUUGGGAUGAUUACGAUAAGUCUCUUGAUGGUUUAAAGCUAUACAUACCUUCUCGUCUCGCUUCAACUUCUGUUACUGCAAGAUAUCAAGACUGGUGGUUGAAGUCAGUUUCGGAGUUUCAGAGUUCUGAAGAAGGGUUUCAAGUAAAUCUCGAAAGAUGUAGGAAGCGUAGAAAAGCGAAAAAUGUGAGAUCUAAGAAAAAGAAAGGCAAGAUAGGUGACUGUGGUGGAUCAACUUCAAGAGAAGUGACACUUAGUGAGUUGUUUCAGAAGGAGCUAGCUCAGAGGACAAGGGAGCAUUUGAGAAACAAGAGAUUCAAGCGAGCUCGUGAAGAUGGGUUCAAUGGAAAACUCGAAAGAUGUAGGAAGCGUAGAAAAGCGAAUAAUGUGAGAUCUGAUUUAAAGAAAGACAAGAUAGGUGACUGUGGUGGAUCAACUUCAAGAGAAGUACCACUCAGUGAGUUGUUUCAGAAGGAGUUAGCGAAGAGCAGAAGUGAGCAUUUGAGGAGCAAGAGAGCUUGUGAAGACGAUGAUGAUGAUAGUUCUAUGGAUUGUUAUGAUGAUAACAUUACAAUUGCUGAGAUAAUCAAAUCUAGAAAGAAAACUGGAGGUGAUGCUUUUGAAUCACUUGGGAAAAGAAGUAGACAUGAGGAGGAUAACAAUGAUUCAGGCCUUGUUCAAAAGCCUGCUUCCGAAGAUGAGAAUGUAGUACCACAGGAAAUAGAGCCAAGGAUUGAAGUGAAUGAUGAAGAAGAAACAGGAAACGAAGCAGAGAAGAUUACGGUUGUGAUCCCGUCUGAUGGAAACAACUCUUCAGAGCCUCCUACUGGUUCUAAUGGAUUAACAAUUGAAAUUUUUGUGUCACCACAAGAGAAGUUUGGUUGUGAAGAUGAAACUGUAGCAACACAAGAGAUAGAGCAAAGGCGUGAAGAGAAGGAAGAAGAAACAGGAAUCGAAACAGAGAAGAUUGUGGUUGUGAUCCCAUCUGAUGAAAACAACUCUUCAGAUCCUUCUCAUCUUGCUUUUAAUGGAGGAUUAGUUGAAACUGCUGUGUCACCACAAGAGACAAGACAAAACUGUGAUGUAAAUGGAAGUGACACAGAGGAGAAGACUAUGAUCGAUGAUGGAACCAAAAAAGAAGAGUGUUUGAUACAUAUAAAUGGAGAAAAUCAGAGAGAGAAGUUGCGUAGUGAAGUUAAGAAAGAAGAAGAGAUAGAUGAGAGAUUGAAACAGAGAAAGCUUGCAAUAGAGGAGAUAGCAUUGAAGCUAGAGGCACGAAUUAUGAAAAUGGAGAAGAGUUUAACAAAGAUUAGAGACUGGAAAACAAAAAGAAACCAAACCAGCUCUAAAGUUUCUACUUAA